UUCCUGGUUCAUAUCGUCGAGUUUUCACGCUUGUCGCUAGCACUGAAGGAAGUUGCCUCUAAACAAAACCUAGGAGGAAAUUGAUGCCGAGAACAAUGAGAAAAAAAAGAGUGGUAUCAAAUUUGUGCUGUAUCAGAGCGAACGGAACAUAAACAGGAUAUAAAUAAGUGGUUUUGACCACCUGCGUCAUCCAGUUUUCGUGAUGUCUCGUAAAGAACAUUCUUCUCCGGUAAGCCCCGGCACAGUUCUGUCUGUUUUUUGUUUGCUUCUUUGCUCUACCGGAUUCAUUCGAAUUGAGACCAUAUUCAAAGAUUACGAACAAAGGUUGAAGACUCUGGAAGAAGUUAUGCCCCACUAUCAGUUAAAACGAGCAAAGACGGAUUUAGCUUCGACCAAGGAGGUUUCUACUAAACACGGCGAGGAUGAACUCCAUCGAUUGAAGCGUUGUAUUUCACAACCAUCUCCUCUCAAUAGCUCGGCUCAUGUUAAAGAACUGUUUAGAGAUAUAAUCUCCGCCAAUUUAAAGAUGUGUCAGUACCAAGGGCAAUUAAAUGUUUGCCCACGAGGCCGGCCGGGACCUCCAGGGAGAGCUGGACCCAAAGGUGAUAAAGGAACAAAAGGCUCUCGAGGAAUUGUAGGACCUCCCGGUCGGAGUGGAAAACAGGGAAAGAUGGGACCAUCUGGAGUAAGAGGAGAGAAGGGAAUUAAAGGCGACAUCGGGCCACCCGGUAUCCCUGGUAUCCCAGGGAUUAAAGGUCAACAAGGAGAGUCUAUUUCUGUUCCAAAGGUGACAAUUUCUCCACCAAAACUAAUUGUCAACGAAACCAACACAGCCUCGCUUCUAUGCUCUGUUUCUGGAAAUCUUGCAGCUCAAAUAUCUUGGUCAAAAGCUAAUGGAUCGUUGCCUAGCGACCGCACCAAAGUGACGUCAGAUGGGCUGAUACAGAUCACUGGCGUUGGCUUGGAAGAUGCAGGCGAAUACAAAUGCGAGGCGCGAAAUAUUCUGGGAAAGGAUGAAAAAGCUGCAACACUUGUUGUUCAAAGUCAUCCUAAGGUUUCACUUUCUUCGGGUCCAACCUACGUUGAAAUGGGAAAAGAUAUCACUCUACCAAAAUGCCACGUAACAAGCUUCCCACCAGCAGUAAUCACGUGGUCUAAAUUUAACGGUGGCUUAAUGAAAUCCAGGACUGUUGCGAAAGAUGGACAACUAACCAUAUUACAAGCUAAAAUGGCAGACUUUGGUUUGUACGAAUGUCCAGCGUCAAAUAAG